AAAAAAGAGGCUCGUUUAAAUGCGCCCUUAAUAUACAUUCAUCAUGCAGGGUUUGAUGGCUUUCAACCAUGUGAAGGACUGUGCUAUGGAGGUAAAAAGAGGAGAUGCCGCUUUUCCUGCGUCAAGUAAAAACCAGACGAAAUCCCUCUAGCAUUCUCGUUAUUGCUUCUUCCUUCCUCCUUACCCCUUACUCGAUCACAAAAUGAAGCGAAUUAACGCCCUUUUACUGUCCCUGUGCGCUGCUUCUUCCUUCCCUGCUGUGUCUGCAUGGUCGUUCAUUUGGAGAAAUGAAAGUGACUAUCCAUUCACGCAGCACAGCACCGAUCCUCAGCCGUGCACUUCGAUAAACCACGCCCAGGGCAAAGAGUACGAUUAUAACCCCGAAGAUGAUGGAUACUGGAUUUGGCUGUGGACUAGCGACAACUGCUCGGGAGACACAGCUGGGCAUUCAGAGCCCUCUAUAUGGAGGAAGAAUGCAAGCAUCGACCUCCAUUCCUAUCUCAUCGGCAAUGAAAACAAAGUAGCGGUGAUAUCUUCUUCUACGAUUCCCUCAGCUACCUCUACAUCCGCCACAUCGUCACCGUCAUCGUCCGCGUCAUCGUCGAGUACACCGUCCAGUGCGUCUUCGGGCGAAUCUUCAUCGGGCUCGGGCUCUUCCCUCUCUGGCGGCGCAAUCGCAGGUAUCGUCAUCGGUGUCAUCGCUGGAGUUGCCAUCUUGGGCGCAUUGUUCUUCUUCCUCGGUCGACGAAAUCGCCAGAAAGCCGCUGCUGAAACCCCACAACAGAGUGAUAUGCAAAGUACAUCCCCUGGAGCACCGGGAGCACCAGGAGCCUCAACAUCCCCAGUAGCACCACCAUAUGCUGGUCUGGGAGGUAUGGCAGCACCGCAAGCUGGGGUAUACGAAGCAAUGGCCGUGCCAAAAUCAGAAACCGGGUAUGCAAACUCGCCAAUGUCGGCAACAACCCAGGAAGCGUAUAGACCCUCUCGAAUGCAUGAGCUGGUGGGCGAUAAUGGGACGGCCGAGAUGAGCGACACCCACAGAGUGAAUGAAUUAGAGGAGCACACCAAGCACCCGUCUGGUUGGUAG